AUGCAGUCAGGACUUGUUGCCUCUGCCGGCCGCUCUCUUAAGAGAACUUUUCAGCACUGGAAAGCCUCUUUCAAUGGAACCUAUUGCCCCUUACACCCUGGGCAGUGGCUUUGGGCAGCUCAACAAAGAGCUCAUAGAUGGACUACAGUACCACCAUCGUCAGGAAUAAACAAGAAGCCUGUGUUCACCAAAGCUCUAGAAUUUGGAGAAAAACUUGCAAUCAUAGACUCCAGUGGCAGACACAGCUACGAGCAGCUGUACCGCAGCAGCUUAGGUCUCGCUAGUAGAAUCAGUGUGGCUCUUCAGUCGGACUUUGGCGGUCUGGAUGGAAAGCGAAUCUCCUUUUUGUGUGAAAACGAUGCUUCCUACACCAUUGCGCAAUGGGCUGCCUGGAUGAGUGGCGGCACCGCGGUGCCACUCUAUCGAAAACACCCCGUGUCUGAGCUGGAGUACAUCGUCUCCGAUUCCCAGAGUUCACUGCUGAUAGCAGCACAUCCCUACGCUGAGACUCUGGAGCCACUGGCACAAAAAUUGAGAUUGCCAUGCCUGACAAUGCCUCCCACUUCUAACUUGGAGGCCUUGGAGACCGAGACAAAUGAAAAGGAAACCACUAUUACAGACUGGGCUGAUCGACCGGCAAUGAUCAUCUACACCAGUGGUACCACAGGAAGACCCAAAGGGGUUCUGCAUACACACAGCAGCAUCCAGGCCAUGGUCCAGUGUUUGGUUUCGGAGUGGGCGUGGUCCAAGGAUGACGUCAUUCUCCACACCUUGCCACUCCACCACGUGCACGGCAUCGUUAACAAGCUGCUGUGCCCGCUCUCCAUGGGCGCCACCUGCAUCAUGCUUCCCGAAUUCCAGCCUCAAAAGGUGUGGGAGAUGCUGUUGACCUCCAAGGCUCCAAUGGUUAAUCUGCUGAUGGUCUCAGGCUCAGCCGCUCUCCCUCUGCCCACUCUGCAGCGCUGGGAAGAGAUCACAGGACACGUGCUGCUGGAACGCUACGGAAUGACCGAGAUCGGCAUGGCUCUGUCCAACCCUCUAAAGGGCCCCCGAAUCCCAGGGGCUGUGGGGUCGCCUCUUCCAAGUGUGGAUGUUCGGAUUGUGAUGAGUAACACAACCAACACAACUAUCGCAGUGGGCACUCACAAAGAGACUCAGUCUCCUCUGUGUUUGAACGUGCUGCAGGUAUGCCCAGGUCUCGAUGGAAAAGAAGGUGAGCUUCUGGUUCGAGGCCCAUCAGUCUUUAAAGAAUACUGGAACAAGCCUCAGGAGACCAGAGAGUCGUUCACUGAUGAUGGCUGGUUCAAAACAGGUACCAAACCCCUGUCUUCUUCUUCUUCUUCUUCUUCUUCUUCUUCCCCUCUCUGA